AUGUCACUGGCUUUCUCUUUUUAUGUCAAAGGUAAUGUAUGUGUUGAUACUGGAGUACAGUACAUCCAUGGGGCGUCAGAAAAAAACCCAGUCUUGAAAAAGUCUGGCCAUCUCAACCUGAUCCCUGAGAUGGGCAAAUAAAUAUUUUACAGUAGGGGGCAUAAAGUAGAUGCAAACUCCACCAGAUGUGCAUAUGAAGCUGGAGAGGAAGUUAUUCAAUACCGUGGUUACAACACAGAAGAAACCAAGGGUGUGACUGACAGCUUGCAAGACGAUGAUGAGAAACCAUGAAUGCAGAUGUUUUUGCUUUGGACAAAAAAGACAAAAAAGUCUCUUGACUCCUGGCAGUAUUAUAUCAACAUGGGUGACAGUCUCGAUGUUGCAGGGAAUGAUGGUUUAAUGUUUCUGCUUGUGGAUAUGCUGCUGGAGGACUUCCAAGAUUGUUUGCUGUUGAAAAGAGAAGUUAGUAAGAUCAAAUGGAAUGGAUCCUUUUCUGUUUCCCCUCCUCGUAAUGAACCUCUCCCUGCUCACACUGAAUCUGCUUCUCAAGAAAAAGCCUGCUAGUACCCAGUUUGCAUUAUCUGUGAGAAUGGAGAAGACAUGCCAGCUGAUCAUGUAAUUGUGACCAUUUCAUUUGGUUAUCUAAAACUCUGGUGUCUAAAAGCACUAGCUUCCAGCCUAUUCAUCCCCUGUAUCCCUACCUAGAAAAUGGAGGUCAUCGAUAAGCUGAUCUUUCAGGAGUAAGAAGAGGCAUUCUGGGAAAAUUAUGUUGGCUCUAUUAGCCUCAUUGAUGACACGCCUACCUUAGUAUCAACCAAAAAAAUGCAGUGA